AUGGACGACUGGCCACAACAAGGGCAGACAGCGAGGGCUGCAUCGACGUUGGGUGGCGGGCCGCACACGCUGUCAGAAGCCCUGCGUGCGAUCCUCUACCCGAAUGAAUCGGCGCACACGCUCUUCAAGCGCGCACGCACCAAGCCCUUCCGAACUGGCCUCGAGAUCUUCGACCUGGCCGAGCAAUUCAUGUACGGCGGCGCUGCUCCUCCCCCACCUGCAGACAACUCGAACGAGAGCAGCGAGCGAGAUCUCCAUUCCCAUUCUGGGCGAGAAGAGAUUUCGGCCUCGGCUGGCGGUGAAGCGACCAGCACCUCGAAUCGAGGCGGCAUUCGAGGGGGCGACGUGGUCGAAUUCUACGGCAAGACCGGCUCGGGCAAGACCGAGAUGCUGCUGCACAUCGUAGCCAGCACCAUUCUCCCAUCUACGUGGUCGCCAUCUUCUACUUCCACAACGACCUCUUCUUCUUCUUCGGGCGGCUCCCAGCGUCUGGAGCUCGAGGGAGAAGGAGCGGGCGCCAUCUUCUUCGACAACGAUCUCAAGUUCGACAUCUUGCGCCUGGAGCGUGUGCUACGCGCACGCAUCCGCCUCGCCGUCGCCAAGCUUCGGCAGCAGAGGGCAGCCUCGAGGCAGAAGAAGACCACCAGGUCCCACCGCGGCGCUGCCGCAUCGAGGAAGCGGCAGCGCGUAGCCAACAACGACGACGAAGCGGAAGAAGAAGCAGAUGAAGAAGUGGAGUGGCCGUCGGCAGAGGACGAAGACGAGCUCGUUCGGACGUGCCUGGCUCGGUUGACCGUGUUCCGCUGCGAGGACUCGCUCCAGUUCCUCGCCACGCUCCAGAUGGCCGACGAGCUCAUACGCAACUACGCCCGCACGCAGCAGCAACCGCGACAGCCGGCGACGGCGACGUCGACGACAUCGACAGCCAAAGGGAAGGAGAAGGAGACCAGACAGAGCGGAGCAGCGGCAGCGGCGGCGGCGGAGGUGAAGGUGAUCGUGAUAGACUCGAUCGGGGCCUUCCACAACGCCGAUCGCUACGCCGAACCGUACGGCGGCGGAUUCGGCGGGAAGGGAGGGUACUAUGGCGGCAGCAAGUCGCGCAUGAACAAGGUGGUGCUCGCGCUCAAGCAGCUCGUCAACGCGCACAACCUCAUCGUCUUCGCCGGCAAGGGCGCUCCGUUUGGGAAGCUGACACGCAACACGGUCAUGAACCCCGUCGCCGACCCCCAUCAAGAGUACCUGGGCGAGGCGUGGCAGAAUUUUGUGAAGUAUCGGUUGCUCUUGGUGCGGGAGGAAGAGGGCCUGGGCGGACGACCCUCCUUCUGGGCCUGCAUCAACAAGCCCAGCCUCACGCUUUCUCUCCCCGCACCCGCCGCUUCAGGCGCUGAUCGACCACACUCCCUCGAUGCCACCGACAAUGGCCUUUCCUUCCAAGAACUGUGA